ACGCAUCUCUUUUCUUAACAUGGUAAUUCUCAGAGUCCAAUCCUGCAUCAUGCCUGAUAAUGCCAUACAUGGCCGCCGAGUCCAAUGGCCUACCUCCCUGCUCGGAAUAAGUACUGGCACGUUUUAGAUGGUUCAGCGCAAGCCCAGACAGGCCGACAUCGUCCUGCUGAUGCUGACCUCUGGCAGCUCCAAGGCUGUCUGCCUCACCCACCACCAGAUCUUAACAGAUAUUGCUGGCAAAUACUCAAUUUAUGAACUGCCGGAAGGCCCUUCUUUCCUGGACUGGAUCCGCCUCGACCAUGUUGCUGCUAUUGUCGAAAUCCACCUCCAGGCUCUCUUUGCACGCAAGGACCAAAUCCACGUCCAAGCCCCUGAUUUCCUCGCUAACCCUCUCCAAAAUCCUCUUGCCAUACUCCGUGCUGCCCUUCAGGGUCUGGAGGCGCAGAGCAGCCCUUGCAAUUGGGACCUCAGCUGUCUGAAAUACAUCGCCUCUGGAGGUGAGGCUAACGUCGUCAAGACCUGUGAUGUUGUUUCGCAGCUCCUGUCCCAAUGCAGUGCGCCUGUCCAUGUCAUUGUUCCUGGUUUUGGUAUGACUGAGACAUGCGCUUGUUUCAUCUUCAAAACCAAGUGCCCAACAUACAACAAGGAGCGCUCUUUGGAGUUCACCUCCGUCGGUGCUUGUAUGCCCUGUAUCAAUAUGAGAAUCACCGAGGGAUCCAACAACGAGACCAUUCCGGCGUCCUUCUCCAGCGAUGGCUGGUUCAAGUCUGGAGACAAGGGUCCCAUUGAUGAGACCGGCUAUCUCACUCUGCAUGGUCGUGCCAAGGAGGCCAUUAUUAUCAAUGGUGUCAAGUACAACCCUCACGGGAUUGAAACCGCCCUGGACGAAUCGGAAAUUCCUGGUCUGACCCCUAGCUUCAACUGCUGUUUCUCCUACUUCCCCGCUGGAUGUGAGACUGAGGAGAUCUGCAUCGUCUUCUUGCCUAGUUUCGCCCCUGUAGACACCGUCACUCGUGUCGAGACUGUAGAUGCCAUUUCCAAGUCCGUCAUGAUGGCGACUGGAUCCAAGGCUCAGGUCUUCCCCUUUGACCGACAUCAGCUGCUCUUGACUGCCUACCAGAAAGGUGGGUACAAGGCUUGCAAGGAUGUCAACAACGAGACCAUCUCGCAAUACCGUGCUGUCACCCACCAGAACCCCCAGAACGAAUUGGAGCGGCAGCUUCUUGACAUCGAAAUAGUUUUCGGGCAUCCCGAGGCAGCGGAUUAAGAUGUCAAAACCCCUGUCUUCAACGUGGAAAUCACUUCCG